AUGGGUGGAUUUCGUGCCGUUGAAGAUCGGCCAACGCCGAAAGAGGUGUACAAUUGGCGGCUGUAUACCGAAGCUGCAAUCAUAGCGACAGGUUCUCUGCUCUUUGGCUAUGACGGUGCAUUCGUUGGGACGACAAUCGCUCGCGCCAGUUUCAAAAAAGACUUUAAUAUUUCGCCGGCCGAUGCCAACAGCAUCUCCAGUAACAUCACGUCUGCAUUCCAGGCGGGAGCUUUUUUUGGUGCCAUUUUUUGCUUCUUUAUUACGGAAAAGGUAGGCCGAAAAUGGGCAUUGUUCAUCUCCAACGUUGUAUUCCUCGUUGGCGCAAUCGUCAUGACUGCAGCUACGCAUUCACUCGCCAACAUAUAUGCUGGCCGAGUUCUUACCGGUCUUGCUUGUGGCGGAAUUACUGCGACUGUUCCAAGCUACAUUGCCGAGCUUUCGAUUCCUUCUAUCCGGGGUAUACUCACCGGUCUCUUCGAAAUCGCAUAUCAAAUCGGAUCUGUAAUUGGCUUUUGGAUCAACUAUGGAAUCAACCAGAACAUGGAUGUAACCUCAACCGCUUCGUGGCGUAUCCCUAUGGCUAUCCAAAUCGUUCCAUGCGGUAUGCUACUGAUUGGAGGAGCAUUUCUUCACGAGAGCCCUCUUUGGCUCUUUCGAAAAGAUCGAGCAGAAGAUGGAACCAAGUCACUGGAAGGAAUUCGUCAUCUUUCUCGAGACCAUGAGUACUUGAAAGAAGAUAUACAAAUGAUCCGAGGUCGUCUGAUUGAAGAAACCAAUAUUGCGAGCAGAUAUGGAACUGGGUCGUGGGCACUCUUCCGCGGAGCCCUCUACGAAUUAUCAAGGAAGGGAAUGCGAAACCGCAUCAUUCUGGUCUUUUGCUCCUUUGCGCUACAAAAUAUGUCUGGAGCCGCAGCCAUCAACUAUUAUUCACCAACGCUCUUCGCUUCACUUGGGAUCCAAGAUGUCUCUCUAUACACUGGCAUCUACGGUCUUGUCAAAGCAAUCGCUUCCAUCCUCUUCUACGUCUUUUUGAUCGAUAUAUGGGGUCGCCGACAUCCAACCAUUCUCUCCUCUAUUGCUUGCUCGCUCUGCCUUUGGAUCAUUGGUGCAUACGUCAAAAUCGGGCACCCAGCCGACAUCAUCAAAGCCGGACAUGAGCUCUCACCAUCCACAGCGGCUGGUGGCAAAGCUGCGACUGGCAUGAUCAUGAUAUACUCGGUCUUCUGGUCUUUUGGCCUCAACGGUAUACCUUGGAUUGUUGCCGCCGAAAUCUUCCCAGGUGCCCUGCGUAACUUUUCCGGGACAUGGGCAGCGCUCUGUCAAUGGCUCACCCAGUUCGUUAUUACCAAGGCUCUACCCUACAUCUUCACCUCCCUGGGCUAUGGUACCUGGUUCUUCUUCGCCUCUUGGAUGUUACUCGCAACCAUUUGGGCCUUUUUCUUUCUGCCAGAAACAAAGGGCAAGACUUUGGAUGAGAUCGAUGUUAUCUUCGGGUAUACGGAAGAUAGAAGGGAGUUCUUCCCGGGCCAAUCAAAUGGCGAUGUUAUCAAGGAAGAUGCAGAGGUAUUCACAAAGGAUUAA